UGUGCGCGUGCGUUUACAGUGUUUUGACCUCAGCGGGCUUCCGUAGGUGACGGAAAACAGCAUGGCUACUGUAGAUAUUGUAAGUGGAACACAUCGCUGAGGCAAAUAACGUUUUGAAACGGCAUACCAUCUAGUUCUGUUGGAGCAGCAGAACAAUGCCUCGAUACGCGCAGCUAGUGAUGGGUCCUGCCGGAAGUGGAAAGAGUACGUACUGCGCCACAAUGUUAGAGCAUUGUCAGAACCUCAACCGAUCAGUACAGGUGGUGAAUCUGGAUCCAGCUGCAGAGCAUUUUGAGUAUCCUGUCAUGGCAGACAUUCGAGAACUGAUCCAGGUAGAUGACGUUAUGGAGGAUGACUCUCUGAGAUUCGGCCCCAAUGGAGGACUGAUCUUCUGUAUGGAGUACUUCUCCAACAACUUUGACUGGCUGGAGGAGAGUCUUGGUCAUGUGGAGGAUGACUACAUACUGUUUGAUUGCCCUGGUAAGAGAUCGAGCUGUACACAUCUGCCUGUAAUGAAGCAGCUUGUGGAGCAACUGCAGCAGUGGGAGUUUCGCGUGUGUGGAGUCUUCCUGGUCGACUCACAGUUCAUGGUCGAGACCUUCAAGUUUAUCUCUGGAGUUAUGGCUGCUUUGAGUGCUAUGGUGAUGUUAGAAAUCCCACAAGUCAACAUAAUGACCAAAAUGGAUCUACUCAGUCCAAAGUCUAAGAAGGAAAUAGAGAAGUAUCUGGACCCGGAUAUGUACUCAAUGAUGGAGGACAAUUCUGUAUCUUUGACAAGCAAGAAAUUCAGGAAAUUAACCAAGGCCAUAUGUGGUUUGAUUGAUGAUUACAGUAUGGUUCGUUUCCUGCCCUUUGACCGCACUGAUGAGGAGGGCAUCAACAUUGUCCUGCAGCACAUUGAUUUCUCCAUACAAUAUGGUGAAGACCUGGAGUUUAAAGAGCCCAAGGAAAUUGAUGGGGAACCCAGUAACACAAACUUUGAUGAGUUCUUCCAAGACCGAGAUGAUUCUUGAGCAAGGACAGAGAUCAUACUUCAAAGCCACCCAGAUUUGUUCCACUAAUUAAGAGUUUCAAUUAUUUAAAUUAUAUUUUGUGUCGCUGUCAUUCAUAAUGUCAUUAGCUGAAGUAGGCAACCAUAACCUGUGCAAUGCCUCAAACUUAGCAGAGUUUUAUAAAAUGUAAUCCAUUUUUUAGAAGUGCAUAUUUAUUUUUGCAAUAAAAAUAUGGAAAUGACAAAUGUGGUGUUU